AUGACUUGGAUUUCACUGCCAAAGCACAGUGAGGGUUAUAGUAAUGGUGCCACACAUUUUGUUAGGAAUGCGUUUGAUAAUUUCUCCAUAGGAAAUGAAUUACGCUGCCCUUGCAAAGAUUGUAGUAACCGUUUCUGGAUUUCUCCGGACAAUGUAUAUGAACAUCUCGUGUUUAAUGGUCCUUGUCCAUCAUUUAGUAAUUGGAUAUUUGAAGUGUCAACCGACAAGUUUAGAAAGCCUAAUGAUGUAGGGAUGGAUGAUUCUGAUAUGUGUAUAGGCCUAGGUGAUGAUUUUGAUGAAAUGAUUCGCAAUGAAGGUAGAGCUAGAAAUGGAAUGAAUAAAGCUGCAAAAGACUUCUAUAAGCUUGUUCAGGAAGGGAAACAACCUCUGUUUCCCGGGUCUGAAAAUUUCACGCAAUUAGGCUUCAUAGUCAGACUUUACCAAUUAAAGUGCAGUCAUGGUUUUACCGAGUCUGCAUUCAGCGGUAUUUUACAAUUGUUGAAGGAAGCUUUCCCGAAUGUAAACCUGCCUUCUUAUUUUAGUGUUGCCAAAAAAAUGAUUAGAGAUUUAGGCCUUGAUUAUGAAAAGAUACAUGCUUGUCCGAACGGUUGCAUGUUAUAUUGGUCUGAAAACAAAGAUGAAAUUAAGUGUAAAUUUUGUGGGGCGUCAAGGUGGGUAGUCCCUAAGAAAGAUAACCGUGCACCUUUUUCUACUAAAGUACAAGAAAACAGCUCUAAGAUUCCCGCAAAAGUCUUGAGAUACUUUCCACUAAAACCAAGGUUGCAACGGCUUUUCAUGUGUAAAGAGUAUUCUGAACUCAUGAAGUGGCAUGCAGUGGGGCGAACAAAAGACGGAAAGUUAAGGCAUCCAGCGGAUGCAGAGGGGUGGAGGUCAAUGGAUGCUAGUCAUCCAAAAUUUGUAGCAGAAAUUCGAAAUGUGAGGUUAGGAUUAGCUGCAGAUGGUGUCAAUCCUUACCGAUCAAUGAAUAUAAGUCACUCCACCUGGCCAGUUGUUCUGGUCAAUUAUAAUCUUCCUCCUUGGUUGAUUAUGAAACCAGAAAAUUUGAUUUUAUCAACACUAAUACCGGGUCCUGAGUACCCUGGUAACGACAUAGAUGUGUAUUUGCAGCCACUGGUUGCAGAGUUAAAAGAAUUAUGGGACAUAGGUUUAGAAACUUAUGAUUCCCACGCUGACCAGACCUUUACGUUGCACGCGAGUCUAUUAUGGACCAUCAGUGAUUUUCCGGGGUAUGCAGUUUUAUCGGGGUGGAGCACGAAAGGUAAGUUAGGUUGUCCCAAUUGCCACUAUUGUACUUCUUCAACCUAUUUGAAACAUAGUCGAAAAGUUGUCUACAUGAAUCAUAGAAAGUUCCUUCCUCCUGGCCACAAGCUUAGGUACGACUGUAAAAGAUUCAAUGGUAUGGUCGAAACAGAUGUAUCUCCACCUCCAUUGUCUGGAAUGGACAUUGAAGAACUAUUAUUUGGAUAUGAGAAUUGUUUCGGAAAGCGAGAUUUAAAGAAAAGGAAACGAGAGACAGGGUGUCCCUUUAAAAAGAAGUCCAUAUUUUUUGAAUUACCAUAUUGGAGGGAAAACCUGGUUAGGCAUAAUCUAGAUCUAAUGCACAUAGAAAAAAAUAUUUGUGAUAAAAUAUUAGGGACUCUGUUGAAUCUUGGCGGUAGGACGAAAGAUCAUCUCAGUGCUCGAAAAGAUCUACAGGAAAUGGGUAUUCGUAAGGCUCUUCACCCUAUCAGAAUUGGUGAUACCAAUCAAUAUGAAAUCAGGGCCGCAAUUUUUGACAUGACUAAAAAAGAAAAGGAGCUUUUCUGCUCAGUUUUCAAGAAUGCAAAGCUUCCACAUGGAACUGCAUCUAAUAUUAGUCGCUGCGUACAUAUUGCUGAAAGAAAGAUAUUUGGGUAUAAAAGUCACGAUGCACACUUUAUGCUUCAGUAUUUACUACAAUUUGCUGUCGUAAAGACCUCAAAACCAGAGGUUGCAGUGGCUUUGCUGAGAUUGAGUGCUUUUUUUAGGGGUUUAUGCGGCAAAGUGAUUGACCUGGAGGAUAUUCCUAAGUUGCAAGAGGAAAUAAUUGAAAUCCUCUGUCAGUUAGAAACAAUCUUUCCACCUGCCUUUUUCGACAUCAUGGUUCACCUUCCAGUUCAUUUGUGUAAGGAACUGGAAUUUGGAGGACCAGUGCACCUUAGAUGGAUGUUCGGAAUUGAGCGAUACCUGUGCAAAUUGAAAUCUUAUGUCCGCAAUAGGAGUAAACCGGAGGGGUCCAUGGCUGAAGGGUAUUUGGCAGAUGAGUGUAUCACGUUUUGUUCUAGAUUUCUAAAUGAUACUAUCAAAACUAAGAAUGAACAAAACAUACAUGUUGGAUACUCAAUUGGGUCAAGAAGAAACAAAGAUGGUAAAUCAGUAGAGUUGGAAGACAAGGAUUGGAUUAAGGUUCAUCGAUAUGUGCUUUUCAACUGUGGAAACAUAGAAAUUGAAAAGCUACUUGGGGAACAUCAUACCUUAAUUGAAAGUCAUGGGAAGUCAAAGAAAUAUGCAAGAGAAAAAUCACAUACAGUAGAAUUUCACCACUGGUUGAAAGAUGAGGUGCAGAAAUUGAAAGAACCUUCAUCAGAAUUGUUAAAUUUGUCAAGGGGCCCUCAACGCGCAGCUAAAAAGUAUUCUGCCCAUGUCGUAAAUGGGUUCAGAUUCCAUACCAAGAAAAGAGAUGCCAAGUGUACUACACAAAAUAGCGGUGUCAUUUUGACAGCACUAACCACCUGUUUUGCGAGUUCUAAAGAUAAAAAUCCAACAAUUAGGGAUGUUACUUACUUUGGAGCAAUCGAAGAAAUUAUUGAAGUAGAUUAUUGGGGAGCAAUCACAGUAGUUCUAUUCAGAUGUUGUUGGUAUGAAAAGGAUAAGGACUGUUAUGGCCUUACACGCGUCAAUUUCUCUAAAAAUAUUCAAAAGGAUGAUCCUUUUGUUCUAGCUACUCAAGUACAACAAAUUUUCUAUAUUCAAGAUUGUAUUGAAAAUAAUCUGCAUUUUGUUGUAAAGAAAUUACCUAAGGAGUACGAUAAUAUAGGCAUCGAAACUGAUGUCUUGGAGGAUGUUUAUGGACCCACUGUGCAUGAUACAGGAUUGAACUUUAAAAUGCAGAACCAGCGUGAUGAUGUUAGUUGGUGCAGGGAUGACAUGCCGGGUGAAAUGUGCCGUGAAUCGUUUAGUGGAGAUGAAGCUGAUGAUGAAGAUAUUGAAUGA